UAGUAACUUGUUGUAGCUUGUUGUAAAACAGUCGAUUUUGUUCAGUACAGUUCAUUUGUUGUGACAUUGUUCGAAAAAUUAACAAUAUUUUGUACCACCAAGUAACUAAUUCGAAGGAAUUGUAUUUGUUGAAUGAUAACUAGAACGACAAAUGCCUUUUAAUAUUGAUAAAGCCGCCGAGAAACGGACUUUAAUGAAGGAACAACGUCAAAGUCUACCAGAGUCUAAUAACCAAAGAUAUACAAGACCCCGGACAAACAAGGAACUUGCAGUCAUUCCCCAAGAAAGAAAUUGGAAAGGAAUAUUUUUAUCCGUCGUUGUUAUCACAAUCGUCUGUGUCAUAGUCGGAAUAUCAGCAUGGCUUUUGCAGCCUCCUGAAUCCGUUUCUGAUUACAAUUAUGUAUAUGACUUCGACGCAAUGUUUGAUAUGGAAUGGAAACCAUACACAACUACAGGAGAAUGGAUAGGAGAUUCAUUUGUAUACCGAGACAGAUAUUCGAAUAUUCUAAAAACCAAAGGAAGAGAAGUUGAAAUACUAAUUUCAAAUGAAACUAUGCAAUCGCUUGGAAUUUACAAAGCCAGCAUAUCGCCUGAUUUCAAGUAUGCUCUCCUAUCUUCAGAUAUUCAGAAGGUUUACAGAUACUCGACGACGGCAAAGUAUUUCAUCUACACAAUAGACACAAAAUCUCACGUUAGUCUACACGAUAAAAGCUUACAAUAUGCUGGUUGGGGGAUGGUUGGAAGUCAACUAGCUUACGUGAUAAACUCCGAUGUUUAUUAUAAAAGCAGCGCAGAAGAUAAUCCGCAUCAAAUUACUACAACUGGAAAAAAAUCGAAACAAAAAGUUAUUAACGGGAUAGCGGAUUGGAUUUAUGAAGAGGAAGUUCUAUCGGGAUCAAAGGCUCAUUGGUUUUCAAAAGAUGGAUCGUAUCUUGCAUACGCGUCGUUUGAUGAUACUUUAGUGCCUCAAGUGGACAUCAUUAUUUAUAACACCCCGUAUCCGACGAUUGAAAAGAUCAAUUACCCCAAAACCGGCUACAAAAAUCCGAUUGUCAAGUUAUUUAUUCACAAUUUAGGAACGAAUAAGAACGUUGAAGUACCAAUUCCAGAGUCAGUUGAAGAAUUACAACCGCUGUUCAAUAGUCUCGUUUGGGCGUCCGAUGAAUCUGUUCUUAUAACAUGGAUGAAUCGAUAUCAAAAUAUUUCAGUAACUUCAUAUUGUUCGCUUUCAUCUUCUUCCAAUCCAAAAAAUAUGACGAUUUCGUGUAGGGAUAUUUACGAACAACAUUCAGAAGGAUGGUUGGAAACACUAACCAAUUCACAAAAUGGUCGUUCUGCUCCCCAACCAGGUCCUGGUAAAACGUAUUUUCAGAGAGAAGAAAAAUCCAUUGGGGGUUUAGGAAAAUUUACUCAUUUGAUGAUGGUGGAUUAUUCUAAAGAUUUCGUGACGACGCGCUUUCUCACUUCUGGCAACUGGGAGGUCACAGAUAUAUCAGGAUAUAACGAGCAACUAAAUAAAGUGUUUUUCAUUAGCACUGAAAAAUCACCUAUGGAUAGGCAUUUAUAUUCAGUUGAUAUAAACGAAGACCGACCAACUCCCUUCUGCCACACAUGUGAUAGCUCUUGUAAAUACACAUCAACACAAAUGUCCUCUGAUGCAACUGGUGCUAUUAUACAAUGUCUUGGACCUGGUGUCCCAUUCGCAACAUAUUUUAAUGUUACAAAUCAAGAAGCAAACAUCAUCGAGGGGAACAAAGAGUUGCGAGAAAAAUAUAAAAAUACAAUAAAGCCAGAUAUAAUCGUUGAAACAAUACCAAUUUCAGGCGAAAGCGGCAAUUACGAUUUUCAAGCAAAACUAUUUCUGCCACCAAACGCUCAACUGAAGAAGCAUAUACCUUUACUUUUGGACAUAUAUGCGGGUCCCGGGAGUCAAACAGUCAACUCAAAAUUUUCCUUAGACUGGAAAACCUUUUUGGCAACAAACAAAGACAUCGCUGUGAUGACUUUUGAUGGAAGAGGUUCUGGUUUCAGAGGUUCGAAUGUACUAAAAGAAGUAAAUAGGAGGCUCGGAGUCUAUGAAAUAGAAGACCAAAUAACAGCUAUCAAAAAAGUUUUGGAAAAGCAUCACUAUUUGAACAGAGAUAAAGUUGCGGUGUGGGGUUGGUCCUACGGGGGUUAUGCCUCUGCUAUGUUGGCGACUCAUCCUAUGUCUCUUUCUGAAAAUUUGACGAAAUGCGCUAUUUCGGUUGCACCUGUAACAGAUUGGCAUUUAUACGACACGAUAUAUACUGAAAGGUUUAUGGGAUCACGAGAUCACAAUUUUAAGAGAUAUAUGGAAUCAAGUUUACUACCAAGAGCAGAAUCGUUCAAAUUCUUCAAAUAUCUUUUAAUUCACGGUACAAGAGAUGAUAACGUACAUUUUCAAAAUUCUGCUGUUCUUGAGAAUGAACUAGUUCGAGCUGGAAUUGUACAUAGGUAUCAGGUAUACACAGAUGAAACACAUUCGUUGAACAGCCAGCCAAAGUGGACACACAGGCACUUAUACAAACUUAUGACGCAGUUUUUAAUUGAUUGUUACGCAAACACGUGACAUGCUAUGUCGUCACUAUCGAUUAUCAAGCCAAUUGUUUUUAUUUUAUCAAAUGCUGACAACUGAGAUCAACGUGAAAAUAAGACCGAAUUUUAACAGUCAACAACUCGAAUCAGCUGACACUGGAGAUUUUGUAUCCGACAGACCACCGGGUAUGACUCCCGCACUUCCAUUCCACCAGCCAGUGUCAGAAAAUCACUUGCAUAUUAUACAGAUACACAUUAUCAUUGGCGUAGUGGAUUUCUAGAAAUAUUUCUCUCUAGUUGGCAUUGGCAUAGUAUUUGCAAAUUAUUGAUUCGAAGUAAACUCAUAUGCCCGCAUGUAAAGAAAUAUAUUUCUGUGUGUCAACUACUCCUCGUCUAAGUCAUUACUCUGGUGGAUCCCUACGUAUUAUUGUUGCUAAUACCAGCAGUUUCAUUUACUGUUUUAUACAACUGAUAUGCUGUAGUUUACUUCUUGCGUUAUUUUUAUACUUUACCUAUUUUCUAGCAAGUAAUACACUUUGAAUAAUAAUGA